AUGUCCUUCAAUACCUUAUGUGAAAUCAAGCAGAGUGGAAGCCUAACCAUGCAGCCAACUAACACCAAAUUAAAAUUAUACAAUGGGAGUUGUGUACCAGCCCUCGGAGAGUGUGACCUCAAUUGCAUCUACAAUGGAGAAAGUCGCAGGCUUAACUUCAAGAUUAUCAAGGGCGAGCAGAAGCCAUUGCUGUCUGGAGAGACAUGUACAAGCAUGGGACUUAUCACUGUGCAUAUAGCUAAUAGCAUAAAUACCUCUCCAAUAACAGCUCCAUCAGAUAUUUUCAUGGAAUAUAAAGAUGUGUUUGAGGGACUUGGCUGCUUGCCUGGUGAGUACCACCUAGAGAUAGAUCCUGAUGCUCAACCUGUUAAGCAUACCCCCAGACGAAUUGCAAUACCAUUGAAAGCCGAGCUAAAAGCACAUAUUGAAACAUUAGAAAAAAUGGAGGUUCUCAAGAAAGUCACAGAGCCGACUGAAUGGAUUAGCAGUCAAGUUAUUGUGCGGAAGGGAUCCAAGCUUCGACUGUGUAUCGAUCCAAAGGACUUAAACAAAGCUUUGAAGCGGUCCCACUACCCGAUGCCGACGAUAGAAGAAAUCCUGCCGGAGCUUGCGAAAGCCAAAGUUUUUAGUGUUGCAGACGCGAAGAAUGGCUUCUGGCAAGUCAAACUGGAUGAAACAAGUAGCUACCUCACGACAUUCUGGACCCCGUUUGGCAGGUACCGUUGGUUAAGAAUGCCAUUUGGGAUUGCCACUGCUCCCGAAGAAUACCAGAGGCGACAACAUGAGGUGCUUGAAGGUCUCCCUGGCAUCCAC